UUGGCGGGGCGGGGCGCGGCGCCCGGUGGCGGCGGCGGCGGCGGCAUGGCGAGCUGCCGGCGGCUGAGCGGCGCGGGGCUGCGGGAGGUGCUGGGCCCGGCGCAGGGGCUGCUCUUCGACUGCGACGGCGUCCUUUGGGCGGGCGAGCGCGCCGUCCCCGGUGCCCCCGAGCUGCUGGAGCGGCUGCGGCGCAGCGGCAAGGCCGCCCUCUUCGUCAGCAACAACAGCCGCCGCUCCGUGGCCGAGCUGGAGCGGCGCUUCAGCCGCCUCGGCUUCCGCGGCGUCCGCGCCGAGCACGUCUUCAGCUCCGCGCUCUGCUCCGCGCUCUUCCUCCGCCAGCGCCUCCUCGGCGGCGGCGGCGGCGGCGGCGGCGGGAACGGCAGCGCCCGCGUCUUCGUGCUGGGCGGCGAGGGGCUGCGCGGCGAGGUGCGGGACGCCGGCCUGCGCCUGGCGGGGGAGGGCGAGCCGCCGGCCGCCGAGCCGGUGCGGGCCGUCCUGGUGGGCUACGACGACCAGUUCACCUUCGCCAAGCUGGCGCAGGCGUGCGGCUACCUCCGCGACCCGCAAUGCCUCCUGGUGGCCACCGACCCCGACCCCUGGCACCCGCUCAGCGACGGCCAGCGCACCCCCGGGACUGGCAGCCUCACAGCCGCCGUGGAAACCGCUUCAGGCCGCAAGGCGCUGGUGGUGGGGAAACCCAACACGUACAUGUUCGACUGCAUCGUGGAGCGUUUCGGCGUGGACCCGUCCCGCACCCUCAUGGUGGGAGACCGUCUGGAGACAGAUAUCCUCUUCGGCAAGAACUGCGGCCUCUCCACCAUCCUCACCCUGACGGGUGUCUCCCGCCUGGAAGAGGCGCAGGCCUACAUGGCCAGCGACAGCGCCGCUGCCAAGGAUCUGGUGCCCAAUUACUACGUGGACAGCAUUGCAGACUUGAUACCGGGCCUGGAUGAGUAGCAGUCUGUACGUGUGAGGGCAGAGGGGUCAGGUUCCCCCCAUCCCAGAUCUCCCAUCUGUUCCCAUUUCUCUUUCACUGCCCUGUUCCCUCAGUUCCUGGCUUCUUCACAUUCCAACGCCCUUCUCUGGGGGCAAAAUAGGAGAGGGUUGUUGGGAGGGUGCAGGGUUCGAGGUGUCUCCUUUCUGCUGAGAGCUAUCCGUGACGGACAGAGCUGCCAGCGGCCAGCAUCUCUGGGAGAGAGCUGGAGGCCUUGAGGGGGUCAGAUCAGUGUCUGUGUGGCCCCUUCGCCUGCAAGGGUUAGGGACUGGCUGUCGCCUUCUUUUUCUUGUAGAUAACCAGUGGCGGCCUUUUACUGCUGUCCCUUCACUUGCAUAACUCUCAACUUCUGAGCUGCAUCCCUGCAGUCCUUGUGGUAACCCCCUCCUUGCCAGGGGACUGGCUGGCAUUGUCACCCACCCGGUCUCCAUCAGUGCCAGGGCGUGUGGAAGGAGUGUGCGGCAGCUCGGGAGUGAUGAAUGAGAGCAUCUCUGCCUCCCAUGAGUGAAAGGGAGCACUGCCUCAUCUCUUCUCUCCCCUGUUCCUUAGAGAUGUUUCCCUCACCACCCUCUGCCCCAACUCAGCUAAUAAUGAGUGUCCGUGUGUGGACUGUGUCCAUCUGAAGGACUAUAGAAAGGGAAGAGACUGGUUUGAGGGUGGUUUUUCGUGCCAAACAGACAAACUGUGACUGCACACAGCGGGUCUGCGGUUGUACCUUGUUUUCAAGCACCUUUUCUAAAAGGGGCUUGUGAAGGAGAGAGGGCUCCGUGACCACGACCGCACAACAGCGGUUGUACAACUCGCCCUGGUUCACCCUCCUCGGUUGGAUUUUGUUAGAGUACGGUGAGAGAAAAGGGCUGAUGGGGUGGGGGGAUCUGUGCUCCAACUGCUGGUGUGCAGGUGACGUGGUGGUGUUGUCACUGCUGUGAAUGUGUCACAGCCCUCAAAGUCAUUCCUUGCUGCUUUCUACAUUUUUUUUUUUAAUUUCUUGAUCUUAUUUAUCAAACUUAUUUAUUGUUAAAAUAUUGUAUUAUUUGUAUAAACUAUGCUGACUGGUUGCACCAAGGGGACAGGAGGCAGUGCCUUUGGGCCUCCCUUACUGUCCAUGUCCCAUGUUGAUGUUCUUACACUCACCGUGUCUCUAUAUAAUAAAGUGUGAGCGUAGGCUGGAAA